AUGACAUCAAGCGUACCUCGACCAGGUCCGGCGAAUCUGAGCUCCAAUGCCGGGCUCGAUGAGUGGCUCGAGGAGGCCAAACAGUGCCACUAUCUGCCCGAGCGGGCCAUGAAGGAGCUUUGCGAAAAGGUCAAGGAAAUAUUAAUGGAGGAGUCCAACAUUCAGCCCGUCUGCACGCCGGUGACCGUUUGUGGCGACAUCCACGGUCAGUUUUACGAUUUGCUGGAGCUGUUCCGCGUUGCUGGCGGCAUGCCAGGGGAAAGCCAUGUUGAAGCACCGAAAACGGCAACCGCCGUCAUCACAUCCCAAGAUAUCGAACCCCCCGAGAUCACGAAUCCGAAGCUAUUGAGGAAGCUGAAGCCUUCCAACGAUGACGCCACAAACGAUGACGCUGGCGAUGAUGCAGAGCGGGCAACAGCGACCGCGGCUGGCUCUGCGGAUAUCAAUAGCCCCGUUACCUCCUCCCAGAGCGCGGAAACUCGAUUCAUAUUUCUCGGUGACUUUGUCGACAGAGGCUACUUCAGCCUAGAGACCUUUACACUAUUAAUGUGCCUCAAAGCCAAAUAUCCUGAGCGGAUAGUUCUCGUCCGCGGUAAUCAUGAGUCCCGUCAAAUUACUCAGGUAUACGGUUUCUACGAAGAAUGCCAACAAAAAUACGGAAAUGCCUCGGUGUGGAAGGCAUGCUGCCAUGUGUUCGAUUUCCUCGUCCUCGCUGCCAUCGUUGAUGGAGAGGUUCUCUGUGUCCACGGUGGCCUGAGCCCCGAGAUUAGAACGAUAGAUCAAAUUCGCGUCGUUGCGCGUGCGCAAGAGAUUCCUCAUGAAGGCGCAUUCUGCGAUUUGGUGUGGUCAGAUCCAGAAGACGUCGAGACAUGGGCCAUCAGCCCACGAGGUGCCGGGUGGCUGUUUGGCGACAAGGUGGCGACAGAGUUCAAUCACGUCAACGGACUGAAGCUGAUUGCACGAGCCCAUCAGCUGGUAAACGAAGGUUACAAGUACCACUUUGUAGAGAAGUCGGUGGUCACAGUCUGGUCGGCGCCAAACUACUGCUACCGGUGCGGAAAUGUUGCUUCCAUUAUGACGGUUGACCAGGAUCUAGAUCCAAAGUUCAGCAUCUUUUCGGCUGUGCCAGAUGACCAGAGACACGUGCCUGCUGGGCGGCGGGGUCCAAGCGACUAUUUCCUAUAA